AAAAAUAAAAGAAAACAAAUACUGUAUCAACUCAAAAUUACAAAAGAAUAUAUUUGUAAGAUGGUGCAAAAGCUACCAUCUUUUGAUUGGUUGGAAUUUGGGGUGAUAGAGAGAGGCAACAGGGAAGACUAUGAGAAGCAAAGCCUUCGAACAGCAAAGCUACUCGAACAAUCGAUCGAUUAAAUUUAUAUUACCCUUUCCUUUCCAGCUAUUGACAGAAAGUAUCCUAGAGGGUGUCAUGGGGUUGAGCAAAACCGAAGUGAACUUGAAGAGGUUACUUACAACUGCACCACAACAGCAAAAUCAAGCAAAGCUUAUACAUUAUGUUGCCACUUUGCGGGAACUACUAGAGCAGUUGGCUGAAGAGAGGAAUUCCGAUGGAUUACCAAGGGUUUCAAAAGCCAAGGCGAAUGAAUAUGCUGAGAACAUUGAAGCCGUUGCUUCCAAGUUAGCUGUGGCCAUGUCUGAUGUGCAUACACCCGAGGAAGCUGUGGCUGAGACUUCCAGCAGUGGAUCUCCUAAAGCAGAAGAAAGUGUGAAUUCUUCUUCUGAAGGAUUGAGAAGAAGAUUUGGGGUCCAUUCACACAAUGAGGAGAGAUCUCGAGAUACCAUUGAUUCUGAUCAAUCAUCAGCUGCAGUCAAAUUGGAUGAUGCUGCACGGACACAUAUUGAGAAGCACAGGAAACUUCAGGAGGAUUUGACUGAUGAAAUGGUUGUUUUGGCGCGGCAGCUAAAAGAGAGCAGCCUCAUGAUGAAUCAAUCCAUCAAAAAUACCGAGAAAAUACUUGAUUCAACUGAGGAAGCAGUUGAGCAUAGCCUGGCAAGUACAGGACAUGCAACUUCUAGAGCUAUGGACGUCUACUCGCGGAGUUUCAAGACUACAUGCUUCCAGUGGCUUUUGAUCUUUGUCAUGACAUUAGUCUUUGUCAUGGUUGUAUUACUUAUUCGAGUGACUUAGCAACCAACCCUUUUGUUAAGUGGAGAUAUUGAUUUUCUUUCCAUCCUUGUAUAGUACCAAAAGAGACCUCGGGACAUGACAUGUUCAGAGGAUAGAAGAUCCUUUAGACGCUGAAAUUACUCUACUUAUGGUACUUUUUUUGUGAUCAAUUUUAUUCAACUCGAUAUGCUUUAUGUUGGACA